AUGGCCACCGAGUUGACCGUCCAGUCGGAGCGCGCUUUCCAGAAGCAGCCUCACAUCUUCCUCAACACCAAGGCUAAGGCUUCGUCCAAGAAGACUGCCCAGGGCCGCCGCUGGUACAAGGAUGUCGGUCUCGGUUUCCGUACCCCCAAGACCGCCAUUGAGGGAAGCUACAUCGACAAGAAGUGCCCCUUCACUUCCCAGGUGUCCAUCCGCGGCCGUGUCCUCGUCGGCAAAGUCGUCUCCACCAAGAUGCACCGUACCCUCGUCAUCCGCCGCGAAUACCUGCACUACGUCCCCAAGUACAACCGUUACGAGCGUCGCCACAAGAACCUGUCUGCCCACGUCUCCCCCGCUUUCCGUGUUGAGGAGGGUGACCUUGUUACCGUUGGCCAGUGCCGUCCUCUCAGCAAGACUGUUCGCUUCAACGUGUUGAAGGUUCACGCCAAGACCUCGCGCGCUGUCAAGUCUUUCUCCAAGUUCUAG